UUUCCGUUUCUGACUAUAGUUCAUUGUGUAUAGUGAGUAUGAUAUGCACCUAUUUAUGCGCUCUUAUGAAAUAAGUUGUUUGGCUGGAUUGCAGUAGAUACCUACUAAUCGAAGUCUGAUACGAAAAAGUAAGUUAGGACUUAACCGUCAAUAUGGUUCAGUUCAAGGAUCUUGUUAUUCGGACGUUGGUAUUAUUUAUACUUUUUGAGUGUUCUUUGUCAUUAGAAGAAAAACCAAGGAAGACAAAAAAGUGGAUGAGAAAUAAAAUCGAAAAUUUGCCAAAAAAUCUCAUGGAAAAUGUUUUGGUUAAAUCUUUGGAAGGCAAAAAAAAUACUGGUGAUGGACCAUCUCAGAUGAAUGUACUUCAACUUUCAGAAAUGACUAAUCAACAAAGUCCUUGUCAAAAAAAGCACUGUGGUGCUGGACGUGUAUGCAAGUUGACUGAAAAUGGUGAAGCGGAAUGCGUAUGUAUUUCAGAUUGUCCUGUUGAAACAGAAGAUAGAAGAAGGGUUUGUUCAAACUAUAAUCAAACAUGGGGUUCUGAUUGUGAAAUUCACAGAAUGCGUUGCAACUGUGAAGAAAAAUCAGAAAAAUGUAGUAAUCCAGAAUUUAGUCACCUACAUGUGGAAUAUUACGGGGCUUGUAAACAAUUGUCAGCAUGUUCUGAUUCAGAAAUGGCAGAUUUUCCAAGGAGAAUGAGGGAAUGGCUUUUUCACAUAAUGCAAGAUUUGGCAGAUAGAGAAGAAUUAAGCCCCCAUUUUAAAAAUAAGAUGAAUGUUGCAGAAACUAAUAUGACAAAACUUUGGAGUAAUGCUGCUGUUUGGAAGUGGUGUGAUUUGGAUGGUUACCCACAUGAUAGAGCGGUAUCGAGACACGAAUUGUUUCCAAUUAGAGCACCACUUAUGUAUUUAGAACAUUGUAUUGCUCCAUUUUUAAACAAAUGUGAUGAUAAUUCAGAUCACAUGGUCACACUUGAAGAAUGGGGAAAUUGUUUGGAAAUACCUAAGGAAACACUAGAGGACGAAUGUGAUGAUUUACGUCAAGAACUAAAUUAAUAAAAACGUUUAUUUGAAAAUAUUUUGGUUUAUUAAUCAUUUUGAAACAUAUAGUGAAUUUUGUUUGUGAAUUAUAUUAUCUUUUAUACUAUCUUUAAUAGUACGCACAUUAUGUAAUUAAAUUAUAUAAAUGUAUUGAAAAUUUAAAUAUUUUAUAUUAUAUCUGUUACGGAGUAAAAUGUUUUGAAUACCUAUAAUAAUUAAGUACCUACCUAAUCCCAUAAUAGAAAUAUAAUUCAGUUGAAUAAUUAAAAACUUUUUUAAGCCCCCUCAGAAUUUCUUAAGACCCUAUACAUUUUAUUUUCUUAUUAUAACUUGAAAUUUUAAAUAUAUCGGUAGGUAUCGCAUGCAAAGUAUGAAUUUAGCAGUUGAAAUUCUUCAAGAAUUAUUUAAUAAUCGUGAUUUAAAAUAAAUUAUUUGCAUGAUAUUUAGAUAAAUAGUCAAUCUCAAUAUAGGUUUGUACCUAACUUAGGCAUACUUUUAAUCUGAGUUAAUUACAGAUUUCCAAUAUUAUUAUAACAAGAAUCAAAUACCAUUAGGUAUUACCCUAGUCCUCACCCGCCUAAUAAAGAAUCCAAAUUAAUGCUAUUGUAAGAAAAGUAUGAUAGGAGUUUAUGAUAGGAAAAGUACGAAAUAAAAUGUAAAUGUCCAAAACUAAAAAAUAAGAAGAGUUAUGAAUUUCAACUCCUAAACUCAUACUUUGCAUGCGAUAUCUACCAAUAUAGGGAACCUAGGUAUAUGGUUCAAAUUUCAAGUUCAUCCCACUACGAUAAGAGCACCAAAAAACAUUGCACUUUUUUCAUCACACAAUUUUUUUAACCCCCGUACAUACCUAAGACAUUAAUGUCAACAAAUGAAUACCAUUUACCAAUUUGCCAUUAUUACUUUAGCCACCUAAUAAAGAAUCCAAAUUUAUGAUAUUGUAAGAAAAGUAACUGUAAAGUAAUUAAUUACGAUACCUAUAGUAACAAAUUAAAAAAUAAUACUGAUUUUGAUGAUUGUAUGUUAAAAUAAAAAUAAUGAAUGGUUGCCAACAA